GUCAGUUGAAUCAACGGUUGUACACGUGGAUAAGUUAGAGUGUAACCAGGAGUAGAGUAUAAUAGCUCUUGAAUGGUGGCGCGUGGGGAGCACAAGUUGUUGAUUUGCCUCGUCGGCGUCCACCACCAUUAUCGCCGGAUUGGGUUUUAUAUACUACUUACGUUGCAGAAGACGAAGACGAAACCAACUUCUACUUCUUCUUCUUCUUCUCUCUCUCUCUUUAUCUUUCUUAGUUGUAUCAGAAGUUUUAACAUUGUAAAUAUGGAUCAAUCGAAGAAACUAAAAGCUUGCUCUGAAUCCGAUUCCUCUGUUUCUUCUUCUUCUUCUACUUCUACUUCGGGACAUAAUCUCAGAGCUGAGAUGGUGAACAAGGAAGCAGUUUGUUCCAGUAAAGCAGAGCGAGAGAAGCUUCGUAGAGAUAAGCUCAAAGAACAGUUUCUUGAGCUUGGAAACGCAUUAGAUCCAAAUAGGCCUAAGAGUGACAAAGUUUCACUUCUCACUGAUACGAUACAAAUGCUGAAGGAUGUAAUGAACCAAGUUGAAAGACUAAAGGCUGAGUAUGCAACACUAUCUCAAGAGUCUCGUGAGCUUAUUCAAGAGAAGACGGAGCUGAGAGAGGAAAAAGCAACUCUCAAGUCAGAUAUUGAGAUACUCAAUGCUCAGUAUCAGCAUAGAGUCAGAAGUAUGGUUCCAUGGAUACCACAUUACACUUAUCCUAUCCCUGUAGUAGCCAUAACUCAGGGCCAGUCCACUUUUAUACCUUAUUCAGCCUCAGUCGUCAAUCCUCUAAUCGAACAAGCAUCGGUUCAGAAACGUUCCUCAUCAUCUUCUGGUGCUUCAAGUAAACAACAUUCCAAAAACAAGUCUUUAGAUCAAGGCAAUGACGAUAAAUAUGAUGUUGGUUUAGAGCUUGAGCUUAAAAUCCAUGCAUCUUCUUUAGUUCAACAGGAUGUUUCUGGAAAAGAGAAGAGAGAAAGCUUGACACCUACUGCAAACUCAUCAUCUCAAGCUGUUCAAGGUAGUCCUCCCGGUGGUGUGAAUGACAUUUUAAAGGCAUAAACUGAUAAACAUAUUCCCCUCAACCCUGUGUGCUAGUACUUUGAUUGAUAAGGAACUCAAAAGCACCACCUAACUAUGUAACAUUAUCACAAGCGAAUAAAACACAAAAUCACUUGU